AUGUGUCCAUUUAAAAGCAGACCAAUGAAGGAACGUACAGUACAUAGUGGUAUGCCGAGGAUGAUAGAAUAUCGUAAGUCAUAUAACGGAGCUUGCACGAGUUCUGUAGUGAUACCGCCUAGAAGAAAGUCAAGAAAUAUUGAUUUGUUACCUCCUUGCCAAUUUGAAGUACCUUCUUUAAAAUACAACGAGAAACUGCCUAUAUUUUUGAAAAAGUUUCAAGACCUACAAGAACUUAAAAGAUUUUGUAAGCCCAAUGCAUGUAAGUACUUUGAAAACUUACCUUAUAACCACACUACCGAAGAUGAAGACGCUUAA